GAUAUUAUGUGGUCUUGGAUCUCCUUAAAUCUUUGCCGUGUCUUGGAUGAAUUUGUUUGUAGCAAUUUCAGAAGUCGUCAUCAGAAUUCACCUCUAAACUGUCAAAACUUUCUUCUUGCUAUGAGCCAUGCUGAUGUAAUAUAAUUGCCAGUAGAUCAGUAUCUCGAGCUUCUCUCAAAAUAUCUUCUUUUCCUUCUCAAGAACAACUAUCCUUACAGCCUAAGCACGGCUUUAGGAUCCACAGCUUUUCUAUUUUUGACCUUCAAAGUUUGCAUCCCAGCGAGUAGAACAUGAUUGACUCAAGAUUGUGCGAAGAAUUUGAGAAGAUGGAUGCUCCACAGCUUCGAGAUCUUCUCAAGUUAAUCUGCGACAACAAGGGCUUUACUUUGAAGCAUCGUCAUGGAAAGCUUUUUAUCAAGCCAGAGAAGGUAUUCUUCGGAGUCGAUGGCUUUCAUGAUGGCAAGCCUAGACUUAAAAACUUUACGGAUUGCGACAACUACACGGAGGGGGGAAGGGGUGUUGAAAUCGAAGUUGAAGACGUGCCGAUCAAAUCCAAGUGCGAGAUUUAUGAGUUAGUCACAGCUAACAAGAGGAAACACCCAGGCAGGAGCCAAACGAUGUUUAAAUGCGAGAACUGCUGUAGUGACUUCUGCAUCGAUAACAAUCCGUCCAACGACUGCCUAUGGCAUCCAGGUCAAAAAACAACGGAUCUUGACGAUAUCAUAUGGGCUGAUCAUGAUUCCAAGAGAGACGGAGCAAUUGAAUCUCUUAUUGAUCAUCCGGACUUCGAGGAUCGUUGGAUUUGGACUUGUUGUUCACAACUCGGAAGCGAUUGGGGUUGCAGAAACACGAGACACAAGGUGUUGGAAGAAGUCAAAGAACCCAGGAACACAUUCGAAACGACCGCCGAAGACUCAUCGAAUGACUACAAAGAGCUUCAAGGCUCCGACUCAUCCGAAGAUAUGGAACAUGUUGAGAAGCCGGUUGCGAAGAGGCCCAGAUAUUGAUUGCGACAGCGUGUACAGAAACCAGGAGAGUGUGCGAUGGCGAUGGAUUCAGUACAUGAGUACCUUUGUGGUUGAGAAACACCAAUGUUUUGUAUUGGGAGAGGUGUGAUGGUGGAGAAAGGAGUUCAUUUGAGAGGCACGAGAUAUCGUAGUGGAUGGCCGUUGAGCCAAGAUAGAUAGAUAGCCUUUGCAAAUGAAAGCAACAUGGACGACAAUAUACCUAAUAAGCGUUGACUGAAUUUGAGCA